GUUCACCUCAGGAGAGUCCCCGUUUUCUCGGUAACGGUUGCCGGGCAACGGGGUCCUUGCGGUGGCGGGACCGACGGACUAGAGGCCGCCUGAGGUGAGGUAAAACGAGCCAUUAGCUGGGCUCUGAUUCCCUCUCGCCCGCACCGUUUUCGGAAGGUUCUGCGUUUCGGGCCAAGUCCGGUGGCAUCGAGGAAGGCAAGGAGGGAGCGAGGCACCCCUCAGACCCGACACCAGAUUGUGAAAAUGGCGAAGUCUGCAAGUCGAGUAUCUUUCCUUGUGAAAUUCAUAAAAACAAAGGGGAAAGGUUCUGAGUAUUUCACAAAAGCUUUUCAGGCAAUUAAAGAAUUUAAAUCAGAAGAAUUUCUACAAACUAUCGAUGAAGAUGAAACAUUUAGCUUAAAAGUAAAGGACAACUCACUUUAUGUAUGUGACCCAUUUGAGGGACCUGCUUAUGAUCAUCUACAAAAGCUUGGAUGUAGGAUCGUUGGUCCACAAGUAGUUAUAUUUUGUCUUCAGCAACAACGGAAUGUACCUGAAGCUAUUCAUCCUGUCUACAGCAUGGUCAUGGCUGAUGUGGUGGUUUCCUGCACCAGCUUGGAGAAGAAAACCAGAGAAGAAGUGCAUCAACAAGUCCAGUUGAUGGGUGGUAGGAUUCUUCGUGACUUCAACAUUUCAGUGACUCAUCUGAUAGCUGGAGAGGUUGGAAGCAAGAAGUACCUGGUGGCUGCCAAUCUUAAAAAACCCAUUUUGCGUCCAUCCUGGGUCAAAGCAUGCUGGGAGAAAGCACAAGAGAAAAUGAUUAACCUUGCAGAUGUGAAUAUGGAGGAGCAUCUCUGUCCUCCAUUCCUUGGCUGCACCAUCUGUGUGACGGGACUCAGCAGCUUGGACCGACAGGAAGUGCAGCGACUUACCCUGGAUAAUGGGGGUCGGUACACUGGACAGCUGAAGAUGAAUGAAUGCACACAUCUCAUUGUACAAGAAGCUAAAGGUCAGAAGUAUGAAUGUGCACAAAAGUGGAAUGUAUAUUGCGUGUCUAUCCAGUGGUUUUUUGAUUCUAUUAAACUGGGUGCUUGCCAAGAUGAAAGUAAUUAUAAAGUAGAACCAGAAAGAAAAUCUAAAGAUUUGGCUCCAAGCACUUCAACUCCUACAAAUAUUGAAGAUGCACUGAACCCUCGUCCUCUGUCAGAUGUGAGCCAUAUUUCCAAUAUUAGUAUGAGCUGCAUCAAUGAGUCUGCAUUCUCCUCUGCCAUGACUGCUAGGCUGGAAAUGCCUAAUGACUAUCUUGAAGCAGUGGAUCUUAAUCUUUCUGAAGUUCCUGAGGAUUUGUUGGAUGGAUGUAAAAUAUAUUUAUCUGGAUUUGGUGGUAAGAAGUUGGAUAAAUUAAGACGGAUGAUUAACUUCGGAGGAGGUGUUCGAUUUAAUCAAAUCUCUGAAGAUGUUUCUCAUAUAAUUGUGGGAGAAGAAGAUAAGGAGCUGAAACAAUGUUUAAAUAAAAUGUCACACAGGCCACAUGUGGUUACAGCAAAAUGGUUAGUGGAUUGCUUUUCCAAGAAAAACCUACUGCCUGUUGGGCAGUAUUUCCAUCCAAAUUACCAGCCUGCUGAUCCAAUACCAGAUCGUCUCAGCAGUAACCAAACUCAUUUGACUCUGAAUGGCAGUAAUACGCUGAAAACAGCCACAGUCAAUGCCAACAGACAGCCAGAAGCAGAUGAUGAACUCCUAUUACAGUACCUUGAGAAUAACAAAAUUGUAGAUGGUCCUGAAAAUGAAGAAAAGGCAAAUUGUAACUUAACUGGCAAUCUGUGCACUGCACUAAAUAAUGAGUCAGCAAACACUUCUGCAAACCAGGCAAAAUGUGCAGAGGAAGGACUAUUUCAGAAAAAGCGAUUUCUAAUAUUUGGCUUUACUAAAGAAGAUGAAACGUAUAUGUCUGAAGUCAUUGAGAAAAGUGGCGGGAAGGUUCUACAACCCCACAGCCGAGCUGUUGCAGACUAUGCACUUGUACCUUUAUUGGGAACAUGCAUGGAUGCAACUGUGGCUGAAGUAGUUACAAAUACCUGGCUGGCAAUGUGUAUGGAUCAGCAGUAUAUUCUUCCUUCACAGUCCAAUCCCUUAUUUACUCCUAUAUCUUACAUAGAAGGAAGCAAUCCUCUGAAUAACUGUGUGCUAUCUAUUAGCCAAUUUACUGGUGUAGAACGCGAUGCACUAUUUAACAUUGCAGAAUUACUUGGAGCAAGAGUGCAGGAAUUUUUUGUUCGAAAAGCUAAUGUGAAGAAAGACAUGCUUGCCAGCACCCACUUAAUCCUGCAAGAACCACAGGGAUUCAAGUAUGAAGCUGCAAAAAAGUGGAGUUUACCAGCUGUAUCUUCUGCUUGGUUAUUUGAAUCAGCUCGAUCAGGAAAGAAGGCUGAUGAAAGCAAAUUCUUGGUAGAAAAUUUUAAUAAGCCUGUUGAAGAAGUCCAUCAGCCUGCCACAGAUUUGUGCAAAUUACCAGAACGUUCACGUGAGCUUUCCUCACCCAAGCUGAGCAGUGCUGUGACUCCACUGGAUAUUAACAGGUUCCAGAGUAAAGCCUUCCAGAUGGUUGUAUCUCAACAAAAUAAAACAGACAAAACAGAAGAAGUUGAACAACCCAUUCAGCAGAAAGAAGCUAAUUUGAGACUUGAUACACCUUCAAAAUUCCUGUGUAAGGACAAGCUCUUCAAGCCAUCCUUUGAUGUUAAGGAAGCAUUGGCAAUUCUGGAAACCCCAAAGGAUCCAAAUCAACGGAACAGAAAGAUGAGUACUCCGCUUUCUGAAAUAAUUGGUAGGAAUUUGAAGGUGGCUUUAGCUAACAGUAGACGGAAUGCUAUAGGAUCAUCUGCCACUAGCCCUCAACUUCAUGUAGUUGAGCCAGCUAAGGAAGAGCCUAACAUUUUAGCGGAUGUUGUGAUUUGUGUCAGUAAGAAGCUUGGUAAGCGACAGGGUGAUCUGAAUGCAAUCGCAGCCUCUCUGGGAGCAGAUUACAGGUGGAGUUAUGAUGAAACGGUAACACAUUUCAUUUACCAGGGCAGGCAAAAUGACACCAGUCGGGAAUACAAGUCUGUCAAAGAAAAGGGCAUUCACAUCGUCUCAGAAUACUGGCUAUUUGCAUGUGCUGAUGAACAGAAGAAAGUGCCUGAGUCUCUUUAUCCUCACACAUACAAUCCCAAUAUGAGUCUGGAUAUGAAUGCAGUUCAAGAAAUUAAAGUCUGUGCUCACCACUGCCCAUCUGAAGCAAGAUCCGAGAAUGAACAGACAACUGCCCCAGUGGAUGAGCAAGUUGAGUGUGAAAGUGAGGAAAAGUCAAGUAAUGAACAAACUCUCCAGGAGGGAAAAAAUCCUCAAAAUGAAGGUUUUGGAGAUUUAACAGAAACCUCUGAAAUGAGAGAGAAUUUUCAGCGCCAGUUACAGGAAAUAAUGUCUGCUACAAGAGUGGAGAAAUCGGUGGGACACCGUGCAGCUGCAUCAAGGGGAAUUCUGGAAUACUCCCCUUCAGCUGAUGGUGCUCUUCGUGCAGGGCGUAGCAGAGCACUGGAAUCCCUCAGGUGCUCACAUCCAGCUGUAAUGGACAUCAAUACAGAACCAUCACAAAAUGAGCAGAUCAUUUGGGAUGAUCCUACAGCUAGGGAAGAGAGAGCCAAGCUGGCCAACAAUAUGCAGUGGCCUAGCAGCCCCUCUCAGUACUCCGAGCAGUUCCAGAAGAACACAGAGCAGAUGGUGGAGCGAAAUACAGAACACAGAGAAUCUUUAACUGAUUCAGAAAUGGCUGCAAUUGAAAUUCCACAUGAAGUUGUAGCAGCAAAAUGUGACACUUCAAUGAAAGAUGAUCACCUCACCCCUACACCUCAAGCACCCAGUAUUGCUUUUCCGCUAGCAAAACCUCCAGUGGCACCACAGCCUAAAGAACAGGUUGCUAUUGGUGAGAAUAAUGAGCCUUCUGUUCAGCGGAGAUUCCAGUUAUCAUCACUGAAUCCUCAGGAACGGAUUGACUACUGCCAUCUGAUCGAACAGCUAGGUGCAGUGGUACUUGACAGACAGUGUUUUGAUCCAUCCUGUACACACAUCAUUGUUGGACAACCGUUGCGCAAUGAAAAAUAUUUGGCUUCUAUGGCAGCUGGGAAAUGGGUUCUUCAUCGAUCCUACUUAGAAGCAUGCAGAGCUGCUGCCAGAUUUAUCCAGGAGGAAAACUAUGAAUGGGGCAGUAGUUUCAUCCUUGAUGUGCUUCCUGGAAUUAGUCUACAACAGAAAAAACUUGCAGUAGCUGCUAUGCGAUGGAGAAAGAAACUGGAAGUGCUAAGACAAAAGAGUGAUAGUGCUGAGAUUGGUGCAUUCAGUGGCUGGACAGUUAUUUUAAAUUUUGAUCACACCAAGGAGGCAGGUUUCAGGAGGCUUUUGCUUUCUGGUGGAGCCAAGGUCCUUCCGAGUCAUUUGGUUCCUGAAUACAAAGAAGCCACUCAUCUCUUUGCUGACUUCAGCAAACUUAAAGCAGAAGACCUGAGAGUGAACUUGGCUGAGGCCAUGGAACAUAAUGUAUUGUGUCUCAAACCAGAAUACAUUGCAGACUAUCUCAUACAGGAGCGCCCCCCUCUAAUCGAGAAUUACUACCUUACUGAUGGAACAGGCAGUGGAGCUCGGAAACGGAAGUUGUCUGACGACCACAUUGAUCCAAAAAGGAGUAGAAAAACGUGAAGGACUAUUCCCCUUUAUUGAUAAACUUUACAGAUAUUGCACAGCCGAGCCACAAUUGCAUCUGAGAUCAGGUGAAUGUUCCUGACGGUGGCUAAAUGGCAUGGAAUGGAUUUCCACCAUCGGGCACCUUAAUUCCAGCUGCUAAUGGGGUAAAUGUUGGAAAACUAAAAACAAAUAUUCUUCCUAAAAUUUACUGCCAAGGCCAUUUGAUAUUUACUGCACAAGUAGUUAUUCAUUUACAUUUUUGUUUGUAUUUUAAAUAUAUUUGCCUAGAAAACUUUG